CCAAAGAGUAGGUAAUAUGUCGCCUACUGUUUGAUACGGACGAACUACUCACAGAUCACAGAGUAACCUCAGAUCCCACCAUCACAUGAUGACAGAGUAGUCACUAGAUCACAGAGUAACCUGUGUGAUCUGUGUGUGUGGAUAGUCAGAGAGAGAGUCUUUAUCUAUGGUCAGAGAUAGUCACAGAUAACUAACUGCAGAUAACCGCUUGGUGCUACUAAAAAGAAUAGUGCCUUUGCUUGUGUAUGCAUAACGUUUGUUUAUUUAUUAUUAAGUUUUGUGACUUGUGGUUAUUAUCCGUCACCGUAUUAAACACCAAGAAUUGUAUCUUAACGAUGGCGGAUAUAUCAGAUAACAACGUGGAGAUAAUUACAGAUAAUAACGUGAAGAUUACAAGAGCUAACAACGUGCAGCUGACCACAGAUAAUAACGUGAAGAUCACAACAGAUAGUAACGUGGAAAUGACCACAGAUAAUGUGAAGAUCACAACAGAUAAAAACAUGGAAAUCACAACAGAUAAUAACAUGGAGGUCGCAACAGAUAACGUGGAGAUCACAGCAGAUGACACCGAGUGGAGUGUUAUGAGCUGUAGUGCAUGCAAUAUCACUGAAAUGGAAUUUUUUGAAAUUCUUCGAGAUAGGGAAUCUCUCUUAAACUUUUUUUUUUGUCACAAUGUUUUGACUUGCCAUACGCGCUGUAAGUGCGGGGCUCUGUUGAAUCCUACUGAGGACUCUGUCAAUCAUUUCAUAUUUCGUUGCCGAAAAAAGAAUCUUAGAAGUUACAGGAAGUGCAAGACAAAUUUUACGAUUUUGAAAGGAACUUUUUUUGAGAACUCAGCUCUCUCCCUAGGAAAAGUGGCUCAUCUUGUUAUGCUCUAUCUGUGUCGGCCUUCCCCUCGAUAUCGUUAUAUUUGCGUGGAAUUGAAUUUAUCUAUUCAGACAGUAUCCAAAUGGUUUUCUCAUUUUAGAGAUAUAUUUAUUUUUUGGGUCAACCAACAGUCCUCACAAAUUGGCGGUGAGGGUAAAAUUGUUGAAAUUGAGUGGUGUAGUGGAGGUCAUCUUGUCGAAGGUCCAUGGAUUUUUGGGGGAAUCGAAAAAAGUACGGGGCAGUUUUUUGUUGUUCCAACUGAAGAUUCAUCAUCAGCAACUUUUCUACAUAUUUUCCAAGAGAAAGUUAGACCUGGAUCUACUGUUGUUAGUGAUAUUUGGAAACCUAGCGAGUAUCUUGACGACGAAGACGUUCAUAAUCUCACAGUCAAUUAUUCAAUGAAUUUUGAAGAUUUGCAAAUAGAUUUUCCGUGCUGGGCGAACGUGAGGAGGUUGAUUCCUAGAAAGGGGCGUAGGAAAAAAUACUAUUUAGGCUAUUUAUCUGAAGCCUUGUUUAUGGUGCAUUAUCCGAUUCAUACGCAACGAUUUCACAGUUUUUGGGUUAGUGUGGGCCGAAUGUAUCCUCCAAUCACUCAAGCCUAAUAAUUUUCGUCUUGCAACAACCAUUUCUUGUUAUUUCCGAAUUAUGGUGCACAUUUAAUUUUCCCAUUUCUUUGUUAUUUUUGCAUUUAUUUUCAUUUAAUCCCUUAUUUGCCCUGUGCGUUUCGAAAUUCGUUUUUAUUUUCCCUUUACAUUCUCGAAAAAUUUCAAAACUCCAUUGUUUUUUUAAUAGUUCGCUUUCGUUUACCGAACCACUUUUUCUCGUAUUGACGUGUUUCUGUCGCAAGUGAAUGGCCAAAGCUUCGUGUAAAACCAAUAAGGAAAAGCUGUAAAGGCAUGCUAUCACUUCCUUAACAUAGAAGUCUAACUGGGAAUGAUGUAGAAUCAUUGGCGCAACCGUUGCAUCGAUUUGUUGCAAUCGACAGACCAAAAACUUAAUUCCAGAUAUACUAGAAGUUUGCCUUUUACUUUACCGCAAAUUUCUAUAAACGGGACCUGUAAAAUGGACUGUUGUGCUUAUCUCUUCGUGGUAUUUUGGAAAAACUAUAGUGUUCUCGUUGCACUUACAAUUGAAAGCUGAGUUACACUUGAAAGUAUCAGUUGAAAAGUUUUCCGGGCUUACAAGUCAAGGGCGUUAAAACUGCUUCGUUGACGCUUUAAAUUUCAAUAGUUCAACAGCAGAUGAAGCAGAGUUGUCUGUAUAGUCAUCUAGAUGGAAUACCAGAUAGUGUACAUUCAUCUCAAAUCAUCCCGAAAAACACAUCAGAGACAUUAAAGGACAAAAAAUUAACAUUUAUUGAAAAACCAUACUCAACUAAAGUUUUACACCAAGGAGAAAAUUAUGAUGCAAGCGUUUGGAGUCAAUAUACGAAAAUGGCAACAAUUAGACCACAUCAGUUAAAAAGAAAUAGUGCAUAGAGAAACAAAUCUUACCAACUGCGGUUGAGCCCUUUGUCCACGUAGCUUGCGAAGCUAAAGAAAAGUUAUUUUUUAACUGAAUUUCUGAUUAAGUUGUAUUAAAAUAUCUGAUAUCAUUCAGCCGCAGGCUAUAUUGUAUAUCUAAGGAGUAGUUUGACCACAUCUGUGAUAUAGCAUAAGGUUAUCUGCACGAUUUGUGUGUGUUUUUUAUAUUAUUGGUAAUCAUAUAUAAAUAUUUCGUGUAA